GCGGGGCCCGUGCAGGCGUUCCGCGUGGACGUGGUGCGAGAGGAGGACGGCGUGCUGGAGUUCGACAUGGUGGGAAUCGACGCGGCCAUCGCCAACGCCUUCCGCCGCAUCCUGCUCGCCGAGGUGCCAACGAUGGCUGUAGAGAAAGUGUUCGUGUACAACAACACAUCCAUCGUGCAGGAUGAGAUCCUGGCGCACCGCCUGGGCCUUAUCCCCAUCCGGGCCGACCCUCGACUCUUUGAGUACAGGAACCAAGGAGAUGAAGAGGGGACGGAAAUUGAUACUCUGCAGUUCCAGCUGAAAAUAAAAUGCAGCCGGAAUCCUCAGGCAGCCAAGGAAUCAUCUGACCCAAAUGAACUGUAUUUCAAUCACAAAGUGUACAGUAAGCACAUGACAUGGGUGCCCUUGGGGAAUCAGACAGACCUCUUUCCAGAUGCUGACUUCCGACCUGUCCAUGAUGACAUCCUUAUAGCACUGCUGCGACCUGGGCAGGAAAUAGAUGUGCUUAUGCAUUGUGUCAAAGGCAUAGGUAAAGAUCAUGCCAAGUUUUCUCCUGUGGCCACAGCUAGUUAUCGACUGCUUCCUGACAUUACUCUCCUGCAGCCUAUUGAGGAUGAGGCAGCUGAGACGUUACAGAAGUGCUUUUCCCCUGGAGUCAUUGAGAUCCAGAACAUCAAGGGAAAAAAAGUGGCAAGAGUAGCCAAUGCACGGUUGGACACAUUCAGCAGGGAAGUCUUUCGACACGAGGGUCUGAAAAACCUUGUGCGCCUAGCAAGAGUGCGAAAUCAUUACAUCUUUUCAGUGGAGUCGACAGGUAUCUUGCCUCCAGAUGUGCUGGUGACUGAAGCCAUCAAGAUACUGAUGGGAAAGUGUCAGCGUUUCCUGAAUGAACUGGACACGGUGCCAAUGGAGUGAGCAGGCUCUAGCCAAGAAGCAGAACCCUGUGCUGCUGUUUCGGGCUUGCUGCUCUGGCCUGCAGGAGUGGUUCUUCUGCUCUAGGCAUAAGUUUUGAGAUGGAUUUGUUAAGAGCCCUGGGACCAUCUCUUUGAACUUGUUUUGUGUGUGAUGAGCCUCAGCGAGGAGAUGCACUGAAAUAAAAGCUUUCUUUUACCUC